UUUAAUAUUUACUUUUUUACAUCAAUACCCUAAAACUUAAUUAAAAAAACUUAAAAUACACGGUGUAAGUGAGUUUCCUGGCUUCGCUUUGAUUGUUUUUGUGGUAAAUCAUAUAAUGAAAUGUGGAGCUGCGAUGACAAAAAAGACAAAAAUUAACCCAAACAUUUGUCUGACGAUAAAAGCAUUAAUGACUUAUAUCUGUAUUCUAAAGAUGUAACAAUGAGUGUGUACUGUUUGUGUGCAUAUAUGGUGGUUUUGGGGUCUUAUACAGCAAUUUUUGUUGCACAAUUUGUGCAAUAACUAAGUUUUUUGCUAUAGGAAACGUGGUGUGGCAGAAAGUCCUUUAAAAGUCAGCUGUUUGAAACAUUCAGUUUUUCUGUAGCUCAUGAAAAUAUCCUUCCAUCCUGACAGUAAUUCAUCUUAAAGAGUUUUUCAGUGAAGACAGCAUGAGCUCUAUUUCUCUCUCUCUCUCUGUGUGUGAUUAUAGCUCCAGUGCCAUCUGUGCCCAAUUUACUUUCAGGACGUGGAUUAUUGAAUUUAAUGAUAUGGGUGAUUAUCGACGAACGCUUUGAGCCCAUUAGGUGGUCGUGUGAAACACUAAUAGUGUUUGUGUCACGUGUCUGCCUGGCUGGGGGGGUGGUCAGACGCUUUAAAGCGCGCGCUGCGGUCAUCUCAGUCUCCAUGACUGACAUGAGCUGAGGCGCCAAGUCCACACUCACAGGAAUCAUCGCCACUUCAUCCGAUGUGAUGACGAAGCGUGAAGACACGACAAGAAGUUCCUCUCCACGCGCGUAAUUACGCACGACUCAUAUUUUGUGGGGUUUUUUUGGUUGUUGUUUUUUUUUUGCCUCUCAUACGGCGUUUCAUGCGUAAAGGAUGUUGGACGCCAAGAACUGUGGAGUGACAAUGACGUCCAGUCAUAAGAUUUCUUUUUCAAUCCUCGACAUACUGGAUCCAAACAAGUUCAACAGCAAAAGGGUGAACGAACUUUCCUGCGUUGACGAGAAGUUUUCUGUGCCAGACGCAGACGUAGCAAGUUUGGAGACGGACAGCGACGCAGCAGCAGCAGGAGACGUCAGAGGGGAGCGCACAAAAGCAGGAGAGGAUCAAAGAAAUGAACUCUCAGCCUCCGGGGAUCACACAACAGUCGUCACUGACCCCCUGCAGACCCGGGACUCAGAACCCCGUCUCACAGUGGAGCAGGACGACGGAGAGACACCGCAGGCCCCGUCCCCGCACAAGCGGCGGCGCCCGGACCAGACCUGCGCCAAACCGCGGCGCGCCAGAACCGCGUUCACCUACGAGCAGCUGGUGGCUCUGGAAAACAAGUUCCGUGCAACUCGGUACCUGUCGGUGUGUGAGAGACUGAACCUGGCCCUGUCCUUGAGUCUCACAGAGACCCAGGUGAAAAUCUGGUUCCAGAACAGGAGGACCAAGUGGAAAAAGCAGAAUCCCGGAGCGGACAGCACCUUACAGCCCGGGUCCAACUCUCUCAUCAGCGUCAGUCCAAAUUCAGCCGUAUGUGCGUCAAGCUCCUCCGGCUUCCACCAGACUUUCCCGACAUUCAGCUCCGGGAAUGUCAUCUUCCACACGAACGGUGCUGUUCCACUUCCGUCCACCGGAGGGCUCCUGCAUCCCUUCGUGUCCAGUGGAUUUGUGCAGCCAACUUAUUUUAACCCACAUCUAUGAAAGGAAUCAUGACUGUCAUGUUGCUGCUGGUGGGCAACUUGGGACUUAAUUGGACAAAUAAUCAGCAGAAAUAUCCACUGUUGUUAAUGUGCCAUGUCAUGUUUUAUAACGUUUGUUGUAGGUUAAUUGUUUCAUUUCAAAUAAAAUGUGUAAAAGUGUAAAAAGGUAAACACAUUCAAACAUAGUAAAAUACAACAUUAAAACAGGAUAUUUGAAUGUGCAAUAAAAUCAGGUGAUGUUGGAAGCUUUAAUGAAGUGUUUUUCAAACUUCCUACACAAUUGCCCACUUUUUAAAGAUGGAAAACUACUGUGACCCAAAUCUCAAGCAAAUUUGGGCCUAAUAUCAACUCAUUUACAGCCGUAUCUGUGACACCUAAUAUUGUCAACUGGUAAAGUAAUCAUUUCCAUUAAGAUGUUUGGUAAAUGAAAUUUUUUUUAAUUUAUGCACGUUAUUUAAGACAUAUACACAUGAAUCUUAACUAAAAGAUUGUUGCCAUGACGAAUAUCAGUAUAACAAACAAACAAACAAACAAUUUCAAAUAAGAAGUCAGUUUGUAUUCCUUGUAUUAAAUAGUGACAUCAUUGAUCAUGAUGGCAGAUUAUGGUGUUGUCUCCUGAACAACAAGGCUGCGCUUUUACCAAAAAUUAACAAACUUAUGAAUUACUGUGUGUCCAUGGACCGACAAUAUGUUCAUUCUAUGUCCAUUUUGUAUUUGUAUAGUCAAAAUCUUUUAAUCCAAGCGUUUUUUUGAAUGGAUUAUUCUCUUUUGCUGCUGUAACAAGUGAUCAAUAAUGUUGAAUCUAAUCUAAUCUAAUCUAAUCUAUUAAAAGAUAAAUAAACAAAUCAACAGUGAAGCAGCAGUCAGCAAUUAAAUACAUUUACUAAAGUGAAA